UACGCUGCUGCCAACAUGUCAUCCAUAACUGUCGACGCCGCGCUCGCUAUUGUCUGCGCUCCGUCUGCUGCAAGGCUGACGAAGACUCGUGCGUACUCGCUUUUAUAUGGCUCGCCAAACGAGGUGUAUGACCGGCGGCACUCCUAUAUAUAACCCGCAGUGUCUCCACUCCCCGUACAUCCUCCUGGUACUGCAAGCGCCCUUUCUCACCUGCAUUAUCCAUGUCUCUACCAAAACUCUUCCGGCCUAUCGAAAUCGGCAAUGUCACCCUCCAGCAUCGCGUUGUACUCGCACCCAUGACUCGGAUGCGCUGCACAACGGACCACAUUCCCACCUCAAUCAUGAAAGACUACUACGCCCAACGCGCUAGUACACACGGCACGCUCCUCAUCACCGAGGCCACGCCGGUCUCCCUCGCCGCGGGAGGCAUGCUCAACGUUCCUGGCAUUUACAACGACGCGCAGAUUGUGGCGUGGAGAAAAAUCAUCGACGCCGUCCACGCCAAAGGCAGCUUCCUCUUCCUUCAGCUGUGGGCCACCGGCCGCGCCGCCAAUCCCGCCGUCCUCGCCGCCGAAGGCAACCCUUACGUCGCGCCAUCGCCCAUCAGAUUGGAAGAGAAGGAGGAGACGCCGCGCGAGCUCACCAAGGAUGAGAUCGAGCAGUAUGUCAAGUGGUUCGCGCAGGCGGCGAGGAAUGCAAUCGAGGCGGGCGCGGACGGGGUGGAGAUUCAUGGGGCAAACGGGUAUCUGAUUGAUCAGUUCUUGCGCGACGUCUCCAACCAGCGCACCGACGAAUACGGUGGCAGCAUCGAGAACCGUUGCCGCUUCCCUUUGCAGGUCGUCGACGCCGUCGUCAAGGCUAUCGGCCCCGAGCGCACCGCCAUCCGCCUCAACCCCUGGGGCACCGUGCUCGGCAUGACCCUCGCCGACCCCGUCCCCCAAUUCACGCACUUCGUCCAGCAACUCGCAGCCGCUCACCCCUCCCUCGCCUACAUCCACAUCAUCGAGGCCCGCGUCAAGGGCGCCAUGACCCUCCCGGUGGAGGAAUACGACCCCGCCAAGUCCACCGAUUUCAUCCGCUCUAUCUGGGCACCGCGCCCGCUAAUCAGCUGCGGGGCGUACUCGAGGGAGCUAGCGAUGGAGGUUGCAGAGAAGAAGGGGGAUUUGAUUGCGGUGGGGAGGCCGUUUGCGAGUAAUCCCGAUCUACCAGAAAGGUGGAAGAAUGACUGGCAGCUGACACCCUACAAGCGGGAGUUCUUCUACAUCCCUGGCGGCAGCGCCGAGGGCUACUCAGACCAUCCCUUCGCCACGGAAGCGCAGAAGGUCAAGAUAGCUGCCUAAAUUCGAGGUAACACAGGCAGAGAAGCGCUCGCUGUUUUACGCGUGUACCACCGCCGUUGUCAUCUUCUAAGCUCCCUUUUGCCUCUGUGGCUACUCUCGCCAUACUUGCAUCCGCC